AUGUGUGAGGUUGCAGUAAGCCCGUGCGACAGGCUGGGGCAGCCCUGCCAAAAUGGCGCCACUUGCAACGAUCAGACUGACGGCUAUAGCUGUUCUUGUGCCUUUGGUUAUACGGGUGCCAACUGCACGGUGAUCGUUGACCUUUGCGCCAGCAAUCCCUGUGUGAACGGCGGUACCUGCUCGCAGUCAGCCGCUGGUUCAUACGAGUGCAGUUGUUCCACCGGUUGGACUGGUGACGACUGCGAGGAAGACAUCGAUGAAUGUGCCAGUGCACCGUGCAAGAAUGGUGGCUCGUGCUCGCAGCCGGUCGUGGGCGCCUUUGCCUGUGCGUGUACCGCCGGCUACUCGGGCCCAACCUGCGAAUCAGAGUGCCCGGACAACUGCUAUGAAUGUACCUUGGACGACGUUUGCACAUCCUGCAAUGACUAUUAUUAUCUAUAUGAGGGCACCUGCGUGGCAAGCUGCCCGGUUGGUAUUCCUGAUGCCUACGGCUCUCUUGGCUCGGCAUCCGGCCGUGAGUGUGGGCGAUGGGUGGGCACACCCAGCAAGGACUCGUACCUUUUUCACUCGACCGUCACCCCUAGCGAGGUGUGCACGGCGCUGGGCUUUGGCUACAACGACCAGUUGGUCGAGACAGCUCGUGUGACGGCCCGGCGCGAUGUUUGCCGCAUCUGGUAUCCCAACGGUGUCUUGGAAGACAAAGCUCCCACGACCUGCGAUGACAACGAGCCAUACAUCCUUACCCAGGAGUGCCUGACGACUUGCAAUGCAAACUGCGAUGAGUGCGACACGUCACAGACCUGCCGUGUCUGUGCGUCAGGCUACGUCCUGUCGACAACUCAAGAAUGCGUGCUACCGACAGAGUGUGGUUCUGGAACCUAUGGGGACUUGGACGCGGGAGUCUGCACAGAUUGCGCUGCCUGCGCCAAUAAUCAAUACAUCGAGACGCCCUGCCACCUCGAGGACGGCGCCUUUGUCGAUACGACCUGUCGUGCGUGCACUGCCUGCGCGGCUGGCCAAAGCUACCAAGUGGCGCCGUGCACUGCCACUUCCAACCGACAAUGUGAAACCUGCUCGCAAUGCGAGGAGGGCUAUUAUCUAACACAGGCGUGUGCCUACGCGGAUACCGUGUGCUCACCGGUGACACCAUGCGCAUCUGACCAAUAUAUCAUCGUUCCUGCCGGCGCCUUUCGAGAUCAGAUCUGCGCCGACGUGGCUGAGUGCAGUAGCUCCCAAUACGAAAUACAAGGUCCAACAGCCACGUCUAAUCGUGUAUGCUUUGAUGUCACAAGCUGCUCAAGCGCCCAGUAUGAGCAGGUUGCGCCCACACCGACUAGCGAUCGGGUCUGCCGAACCUGCUUCAGCUGCCCCGCCGAACACUACGUCUUAUCACCUUGCAACGCAACCCGCAAUACUGUGUGCGCCGGGUGCAGCCUUUGCGCUGAAGAUGAGUUUAUUAGCACUGCAUGUGCCACACACACGGAUACAGAGUGCAGCCUUUGCCAAACCUGCGAGCUUGGCCAAACAUAUGCCGCCACCCCAUGUCGCGAUGAUGCCGAUACAGAGUGCGUGGCCUGCCAAACGUGCACGCAAAGCCAGUUUCAAACUGCUUCCUGCACGCUUGAAGCUGACACGACCUGCGUGGACCUUACCCCAUGCACUUCGUUGGAAUUCGAGUCAGUACAACCUACAGCCACCUCAGACCGCACCUGCACGCCGCUCGCCGUUUGCAAUUGGGCGACGCAGUACGCGGCAGUGCUCCCGACUCCAACAUCAGAUCGUACUUGUGCCAAUGCCACUCAAUGUGCGGCUGAUCAGUUUCAGACGGCCCCUUUGACUCGCACCAGUGAUCGGAGCUGUCAGACCGUGCGUUCCUGCGCAGCCACGGAUUAUCAGACGGCCCUUCCAACAGCCACAACAGAUCGCCAGUGCACGCCGCUUACCACUUGCCAAAAUAACGAGUACGCGCUUGUUGUUGCUACUGCCACCACGGAUCGCCAAUGCACGCCGGCCACACAGUGUAGCAACACGCAGUAUGCUGUUAUCCCCUUGACGGCUACUGCCGACCGCCAAUGCGCAGCCCUUACUGAAUGUCACCUCGACUUGGAGUACGAGUCAGCCGCCCCGACUGGCACGACAGAUCGGGCUUGCGAGACAUAUGCGGCCUGCGGCUUUACUAUUGCCUUCACAUCACUUCUGGGCGAAGCCAACAAAAUAUUCCCAACGGUUCUGGAAACCAGCUCGCAGCUGCUCAACAUGUCCGGGGACUGCGGUCGCACCUGCUGGAGCAGUGCGCAAUGCGCUGGGUUUGUCCAAUGGUCCAACGAAGAAUGUGUCUUGCUUCAAGCGCUGGGCGACAGUCAGGGCAUCCCUUUUUCAACCACGGCCACUGUUUCCUAUGCCAAACAAGCACGGCAACAGUACGAAGCCUCAAGCAAGAGCAGCACUCAAAAUCGCGUUUGUCUCGACGUUCGUGAGUGCACAGAUACGCAGUUUGUCACGGCACGCCCGACCACCACUACCGAUCGAGUGUGCCAAAAUCAAACCGUGUGCACGGCAGAUCAAUACCAAACGCGUCCACCCACUGUCACCUCUGACCGAGCCUGCACUGACCUCUCCACCUGUGUGGAGGGACAAGAGUGGGUCAUUGUCCGCGCAACGGCUACAACUGACCGCCAAUGCGGCGACCUCACCGAGUGCGGUACCAAUGAGUUUGCCAGCGUUUUGCCGACUCUAACCACGGACCGCGUGUGCAGUACCGUCUCCGUCUGCGAUAACGAAACAGAGUUUGAACUUUACGCUCCGACAACCACCAGUGAUCGUCAAUGUCAAGUCAUUCAAUCCUGCACCAGUACCCAGUAUACGACCGCUGAGCCCACGGUCACCAGCGAUCGCGUCUGUCUUCCCCUCACACGUUGCAACAGUACCUCGGAAUAUCAAUCGAUGGCUCCGACACCCACGAGUGAUCGAGCGUGCUCUGCCAUUACUGUUUGCACGGAUAGUGAGUUUGCUGCGCAGCGGCCCACCGCCACGAGCAAUCGCAUCUGUACGGCUCUGACCGAGUGUGAAGCAGAAACUGAAUACGAGCGUACCGGCCCCUCUGCCACGACAGACCGUGUGUGCCAAACAUUGACGCAAUGUGACCUGACGCGGCAGUACAUUGAUCGCGUCGCCACUUGGUCCAGUGACCGCGUCUGCGCCAACCUAACGACCUGCGCAGAGAAUGAAUAUCAGAGCCUCGCCAAAACAGCAACCUCCGAUCGCUCGUGCUCCGCUUGUUCGCAAUGCGCAACUGACGGCAGUGUUUAUCAAGCGCAGGCAUGCAGUGCCACUGCCGAUGCAACAUGCCUUGAUUGCCCUUGUGAGCAGGGUGCACCCUGCACGCAAAGCGGAAAUGGCUAUCAGUGUGAGUGCCCGGCAGGUUACACGGGCGUAAACUGUGAGGUAGACAUCAACGAGUGCGCGGAUGUGCCUUGCUCCUUUGGUUCCACAUGUGUCAACCUGGUGGCAAAUUACUCUUGUGUCUGCUGGGCAGGAUUGUCCGGGCCCGACUGCGAGAUUAUGGAGGAUUGCAACGCAUACCGCUAUGAUAUCUUCGUGUCUACGGGCUUGCGCAUUGACCCGUGCAUGAAUGGCGGCUCCUGUCAACCUUCUGGAUCUUGCUCGUGUGCCAUGGGCUACACUGGCUCCGCAUGUGAGAUUGACAUUGACGAGUGUGCAGAUGAGCCCUGCUUGAAUGGCGGACAGUGUGAAGACGGCAUCGGCAGCUACUCGUGUACCUGCGCCGAGGGCUUUGAGGGAGACGACUGCGAAAUUAAUAUCGACGACUGCGAGAAUAACAACUGCGCCAUGGGCAGCACCUGUGUGGACGGUAUUAACAGCUACACGUGCGCAUGUGUGCCUGGCUACACCGGCAUCUUCUGUGAUGAGGAUAUUGAUGAGUGCGAACCGGUCCCGUGUCACAAUGGGGCCACCUGCACCGAGGGCAUCAACACGUUCACAUGCACCUGUGCCUCGGGUUUUGGUGGCUCGCUAUGCGAUGUGGUGUGCCCGACCGACUGCGGUGCAUGUGACGCCAACGGAGUUUGCUCGUCUUGCGUCAACUCCAAAUAUCUACAGGAGGGCGGUUGCGUGGACCUUUGCACGGAUGGUUCCAUGGCUAACCCCUAUGCUGCCGGCGUUUCGACCUCGGGCCGCGUGUGCGGCUACUGGGAGGGCACACCAACGCGAAGUGGCUACUACUAUCACAACACUUGGACGGCCGAGAACCUCUGCCAGGACAUUGGCUUCAUUGGCGCCGACACCACAUUUGCGGUCCAAACCAGGCGUCGCGACGUUUGCCAAAUCUGGUACCCCUAUGGGUUGCGCGAACUUACCACGCCGCCCUGCAAUGACAACGAACCGUACAUCCUUCGCUUGCGGUGCCUGACCGCUUGUAAUGACUCUGCUUGUGCCAGCUGCGAGCGGGAUCAGACGUGUCUCGCCUGCCAAGCACCAACUGUCUUGAUUGAUGACGAAUGCACAACUUAUUCCUCGUGCACAAGCAACGGUGAUUCUUACGUCGCAAUCAAUCCCAUGGAUGGCACGACAUCUUGCUUGACCUGCACUGAUUGUUUGGAGUCUGAGUUUGAAACAGCUGCGUGCGAUGUGACUAGCGACCGCUCGUGCAGUGCUAUCCGCGCGCCGUGUGCAAACGAUGAAUACGAGUCGGCAGAGCCCACAGCAACAACAGACCGGGAAUGCACACCAUGCCCGACUUGCCCUGCUGGCACGUAUCGAACUGCUUCAUCCUGCGAAUGUGCCACAAUCACAGCGUGCUUGGCUAGCGAAUUCGAAACAACUGCGCCGACUGCAACCUCCAAUCGCGAGUGCGCGCCGCGUCAGGUCUGCGAUGAAGAUGGCGAGUAUGAGUAUGAUGAGGGUACGGCGACCUCCGAUCGCACUUGCUGCGCUCUGGGUUACGGUGGUUCCGCCUGUGAUGAGCGACUGGUCUGCCCAUCAGAUAACACUUGCGAUUCAUCCCGAGCGUUUUGUAACGCAUCAACUCCCGACGACUACGCUUGCGUGUGUUACGCGGGCCUCACCGGCCCGAACUGUGCGAUGGUGGAGAACUGCGCGGCUGCCAUGUUCGACGCUUUCCAGCGGUCAGGCGCACGCAUCAGUCCUUGUCAAAAUGGUGGCACCUGUUUAACAUCGAGUGGUCUUUGCCAGUGUACCGACUCGUACACAGGCUCGGCCUGUGAAACGCUGAUCACGACCACGACCUCCACGACCACCACUACUUCCACGACCACCACUACUUCCACGACCACCACUACUUCCACAACCUCCACCACUUCCACCACUUCCACCACUUCCACCACCUCCACUGUGCAAGCAAGGACGUCUACCGUGAUGGAAACUACUUCUGCAUCGCCUGCAACAUCGUCUGGCACGAGUGUUCCGUUAUCCACAACCUCAGAAACAACCAUUUCCACGAGUGUGCCCGUGACAUCUUCAUCCUCGUCGGCUUCGACUACGAGCUUUGACACCACAACAAGUUUGCGCACAACUACUUUGACAGUUUCCUCAACCGCCACCUCCUCGACAACUGCAGCUGGACGGACAUCAACCACAGCCUCUAUCGAAACGACGGCUGGCCCAUCUUCAUCCAGCACCUCUGCCGACACUGUUUCAACCUUGAGUACUGUGCUCACGUCAACAAUGCAUGAUGCCACAACCACAUCCAAUUCUUUCACAACUACCACUGCAGCAACAACGACGGCGGCGGCAACGACAACGGUCAUGAUUUCCACCGCCACCACGUCCGCCACCACGUCCGCCACCACGUCCGCCACCACGUCCGCCACCAUAUCUACCACGGAGGAAGUUGAUGCUCCUGCUGUUCCGGGGUAUGCACUGCGUUACCAUAGCUUGCCCAUGGCGAGCGAACGGUUAAUUUUCUCGACAGCCUUUGAUGACGCAGCUCGCAUUGAGUCGGUGCAAAAUGUUGAGCCAGUUUCAUGCGGCGCUCUUUGCAGUGCAAAUGCCGAGUGCCUGGGCUUUGUCGUCUGGACUGUCAGUUUUGAUGCUGGUGAUAUCAACUGCGUGCUUUUGCGUUCUUUGGGAGACCCGGAGAUCACAACGUUAUUUUCAUUGAGUUACGAGAGGCUGAACGAAACAACGCCGGGCUCAACGACAGCACAAUCGUCCUCAGUACCCGUGACGAGUUCAACUUUGGCCGUGAGCAGCACGUCCAGCACAGCUGCUGAGACUACUACCACCGAUUCUGUGUCUAGCUCCCAAUCGGUGACAACCUCAACAGGCAGCUCCAGUCCUGUCACCUCGACCACGGCAGCCUCUACAAGUACUGUCUCUGCAAGUACCACCAUGUUUGUCGCCACAACAACUGAUGCCGGAAACCUUAGUACCGGCACGUCUGACACAACCACAGAGGCCAUCUCCUCAACAUCUGGUUUCGCGACAAGCACUCUCAACUCGACUUCCACGGCAUCUGCACCCACGACUACAAACAUGUCAACUUCGACCACUUCUACCACUUCUACAUCAACCACUACCACUUCGACCACCACCACUACCACUUCAACCACUUCUACCACCACUACCACUUCUACCACUUCUACCACUUCGACCACCUCUACCACCUCUACCACCUCUACCACCUCUACCACCUCUACCACGACUACCACCUCUACCACGACUACCACCUCUACCACGACUACGACUACGACCACUACCACUACCACUACCACUACUACCGACAUUCCUUUCUGGACUGCAGCACAAAAUUUCUCUCAGACCUCUCCGUUUACCCACUAUGUUGUGUGCACUGGUGCUACGCCGCAGGCUCUCGAGACUGAGCUAUACGCAUCUCUUUCUGUUCUUCUUGAUACACCAGAUGUAGAGGUCACAUGCUUUAGCGAAGGGUCUCCGUGUCGAAUCGCAAUUAACACCUCAGAGGCGUGGCAAGUACUAGCUGAUCAACUUCAAGAUGGGGCAAUGGUCACCCUCCCCAGCUCAACUUGUCUAGCCUCAUCCUUGGUUCCUCAUCUGGUUGAUAGCAACGGCUGGGUAGCCCCGGUGACUGCUGCCACAUCCAGUCGUGCUUGGUUGGAGCCAGAAACUUCUGCCCGGUUGGGCCGAGCUUCCCUGGCCAGCACUAUCGAGGCCACGACUCUGGCUGGAGCACCAGUUGCCAUCGAGGUUGUGGUGGGCGCGCAGGGUCUGGUCUACGAAACGUGGCCCUACUUUACUUUUGUGCUUCGCCCGCUCGACGCACUGCAGCGUACCACAAUGUUGCCUGACAUCGAUUCCCUGAACGUGUCUAUUCUGGGCGUUGAUGCCACAGCGCUGACGGUGGCGUUCGAAACAAGCCCCACGGGCUUGGUUGUGGCUCGUGUCACUUUGAGCGCCGGUGCCUUUGGCGGAGACGAAGGCGUUGCAUCGGUGACGUUGGACACUGAGGUUGGCCCAGUGGCUUGCGGUGAAGUGAGCUUGCGUGCCUUUGCGCCUGCACCGGUAGCUGACAAGAUUACUGUUGUCCUCCCACAACAUGGCAUCGCACCUGGCGGUCAAGGAAGGGUACAGGUUUGGGUCAAUACGACGGCCGAAUUGCGCUCCUACUGGCUUGAAUUUGUCAACAGCGCCUACAUCACAUUUACCGUUGUUGGCGGGUAUGAUGGUGAAUCUUGGUCAGUCCAAUCACUGGACAAGUCGUCCGGCGUGAGUGUGACUGCAGUUGCCACUGCUCUUCGUGCCAAUGUUCAAUUGGAGCAAUUGUUGGAAGUCACUUUUGAGGUGGCAGCCAACAUUCCCUUGACUGUCCUCUCUCAGCCAUUAGGUGUGAUUGUUCGCGAAGCCUAUGAUGCCUCAGGGCCAAUCUUUACUGCUUCAUCCGAUGUUGUGUUUGAAGAUCGCCUGGGCAGUAGCGCCGGUAGCACCGGCACGGUAUAUGUGCGCCAUCCCACGCCGCAAGCUCUUUUUGUCGACACACCAGUGGCUGAAACCCUGCAUCUUGGCGCCUUGACUGGCCGAAGCAGCGGUGUUGGUUCCACACGCAUUGCCGUCACCGCGGCUAUUGUGGAUGAUGCCGGUGAUAUUUCCCUUGUGAAUGGCACAGAAAUCAGCUGCCUUGCUGCCAGUGCUUCUUUGAACAAUGAUUGCUACAACCUGAUCGUUCCACCUUCUUUUACACGAGAUAGUUUGUCGGUCACCUUCACCUAUCAAGACGCCAUUUCGACCAUCGUUAGUUUUGCAAUCGUCCAGCCCUCAAGCCUGAUUUUGGCACCAGCCAGCAAAGAAACGCACAUGUUCCUAAACGCAGGCACAUGCCAACCCACGUUUUUGCCGGUUUCCGUGAGCAUCGUUGCCGCAUUUUCAGCCCACGAUGGUACCGUUGAGAUGGAUCUCACCGACUUCUUGCAAGACCACCUGAUGGUGUCGGGCCCAGCCACUGUGCUGAAUGCGCAGGUUCUGCCCACAUCGCGUGGUCAGGUGGGGGUGUCCGUGGCUGCUGGAGGCUUGCAGCAUGAUAUCAACAUCACGGCCCGGCGCUCAAUUGACUCGCCGGUGGCUCUGCUGGCGCAGGUAACAACCGGCCUCUCGUUUACCCUCACAGAGAAUAGUGUGCUGCCUGAAGCACGCAUGACUCUUCGCGGAAGCAUUACUGAAGCCGUGCAAGCUGGUCUGGUUGACCUGGCCGUCGUUACAGCCACCGGUCGUCUGGUCACUCUGACGGACUCUGACGCUCCUUGGGUUCAAACCCAUCAGGGUGUCGGGUUUGGAGCUGUGGAGCUGAAUAGCGACAUGGACUCCCUCUCUUACGCCUGGCACCAUCCUUGCUACGCCCCAGUGACAACCACGUUGCAACUCGUGAAACGGCUUCGUUCCGCUACGGCACUUUCUGCAACGUUAAGCAGUGACGUGCUGGUCGGACCAGCCUCUGCCCUGGUCCAACUCGGUUUUCCCACCGCCUCGCAAUUAACGCUGACUGCAGCUUAUGACGAUGGUUCUGAAGCCAGCGUCGUGCCGGACAGCGUGUCCGUCGAAGCACUGAGUACUGGUGUGCAGGUUCAAGUGGUCAACGGCACCGUGACUCCCCUUGCUUCCUCCACCGCAGGCUACGCUCGGCUGACCAUGGGCUAUCAGGAUGUAACGGCGGACAUUUUUAUCACUGUCGUGGAUGCUGAGAACAUCACUCUUGCUGUUGCUCCAUACACCGGGGCAGAUUCACUUCGGUAUAGCACUAUGGCUACGCUGUAUCGCGUGCAAGGGAGUUCUCAUAUGACCGAGGCCGUUUUGCAGGCACGCGUGACGUUGACCGACGGCGCCAUGCACCCACUUGCGCUGAGUGUCGCAGACCUCGUGAUCAACAACAAUCUGGUCGCUGUUGAUGCGGAGACAGCGCGUGUCACGGCCACAACCGUGGGUGUAGACGGCGCAACUACCAUCAGCCUCCGCUGGCAGAGCCUGGUAUCCAACGCCAUUGAGUUGACCGCUUCAUCUCAAGCGCUUGCCAUCACAGCCAUCAUGGGGUUGACAGUCGAUGGCACUGCUGCCUUGCGUGGUUUGCCCAAUGAGGUGCAGCCGCUCGAACUUUCUCUGGAGCUUGGUAAUGGGGUUCAGACCUGGGCACCAACGUACGUGAACGAGCUGCGCGAGAUGGGACAAUUGGCCAGUAUCUUGCAGUUCAACUCGAGCGAUGUCAACACCUUGAACGUCGAUCCGGAAGGACGAGUUACCUUGCUAGCCAACAGUGCCGGCAGUGUGGACCUAACGGCCUGGGCGCCCUCUGGAGCUUCGCUGACCGCGAGUUUGCGCGUCAAUCUAGAUCCAGCCGACUUGGAUGCUGACCUUGGAGCUAUCACGGGGCUGGCGCUCGGCACUUUAAACGUCGGCCAAGAGAUUGAGGUGCCCGUUCGCAUUCACAUGGGCGCGCGGGCAUUGCGGGCGAUGCAGAUUGCCAUUACCUAUGAUGCUACUGCACUGUCACCCGUGCGCGUUCUCAAGGGAUCAAACUGGGCUACUGGCCAGAUGCUGGCCAACUUGGAUGGCUAUGCAGGCCGUGUCGAGGUGGGUGGUACGUUGACCACGACCGCGGGCGUCACGUUACCUGAGGUCGUUCGCGUGGUUUUUGAGGUUCUGGACACUGCGCCCGCCACGUCAUACAUUGGUGGUACCUUGAUUCGUUUGUACGCUGGAGUCAAUCUUGAUGAGGUGGUCACAGAUGCACCCAUCAUCGCUGGCCACCUUUUCUUCAAUGUGGCCUCGGUCUCGCGCCGUGAUACUGUUGUAAUGCCUGCACCCCAGCAUGAAUCCCAGUUUGCCAGCGGAGCUGAGCACCGCGCUCGACGGGCAGUAGUGUGUCCAACCGCAGUCCUGGGUGACUAUGAUGGUGACUGUUCUGUUACCAUCAAGGACGUGGCCACGGGGCUGCAAACGCUGCUUGCCAGUGAUUCGUCCCGCAUCGUGGUGACCAGCGCCACCAGCCACAUGGAUCUGGACCAUGAUGGCUAUUUGACUGUGGCAGACGUGGAUUAUCUCUCCAAGGCCGUGUUUGGCUUUUUCCCUAUUUGGAGCCAGCUCGCUGUACAAGGGCCGGACGCUGGUCGCUCCAAUUGUACUCUGCAGCUCUCGGUGUACCUUAAUGACCGCUCACAGGCGCCCAUUACCUCCGAUACCCGUGUGUGGUUUGAUAUGGAAAGCUCGGACUCUGACAUGGCCACAGACUUGAGUGCCAGCCGUUUUGUACGGGGUGGGUCCACAAUUUUGAGCAAGUCAGCGCCGUAUACGGGCCGCUUUGUGGAGGCAGAAUCAACUGGCGACGGCUUCUAUACCAUCGAGUUGGAAAGCGCCCUUGAACCUGCUACCUUGUCCGUCUCGUUGGUGCUGGUGACCUUGCGCACGGACGGAUCAACGUCGUCAGAGCGCGUCACGCCUCUGCAAGGCGGGGCCAAGUUUGCACCGUAUACUUUUACAUCCCGCAUGCAAACAACGCUGCCACUCAAUAGCGUAGUGGUGUCCAGCUCUGGAUACAACCCGGCGACCCAAGCAAACAUGCGACAGACCUCCCUGACCUGUGCGCCUGAUUAUUGCGCCUUGGACCCGUGUCUCAGCGGCGGCUCAUGUAUUAAAGAGUUCUUUGACUACCGGUGUGUCUGUGCGCCAGGGUACCUUGGUGCCAACUGUGAAAUAAAUGCAGAUGACUGUGGAGGGCACGACUGCCAGAACGGGGCGACAUGCGUGGACGGGGUCGACGGCUACUACUGUGCAUGUGCACCCGGCUUUGACGGAGAAACAUGUGCGGAGAACAUUGAUGACUGUACCGAGUCUGCGUGCGCUCAUGGUGGAACGUGCGUUGAUGAGGUACACGGCUACUCCUGCGAGUGCCCCACCGGCUAUCGUGGUGACUUUUGCCAGUGGGUGUCAGAUCCUUGCGAUGCCGAUCCUUGCGGCGCAAACAAGCGGGAAAUUGAUGGAUGCACGUCUACCGGCUUAGCAUACACCUGCAACUGCCAGGAUGGUUAUUUUGGCGACAACUGCGAGUUUGGUGUUGAUGCCUGCGCCACCGGCUACUGUCAGCAUGGUGGACAGUGCCAAGGAGCACCGGAGGGCUUGGUGCCCAUUUGCAAUUGCACCGGAACUGGCUACACGGGUGAUCAGUGUGAGGUUGAGUUGGACGAGUGCAUCACCACCCCUUGCCUGCAUGGUGGUACUUGCUUGGACAAGGUCAAUGGAUUUGCUUGCACGUGCCCAACAACCUACUUUGGUGAUUUGUGUGAAGUUGACUUUUUUGCGGAGUACCCGUGCCGUAAUGGUGGUACUCCAAACCGCACGACUGCGCGAUGCGAGUGCACAAGCGGCUUUGAGGGACGCUUUUGCGAUGUGGUUUCCGCGGGGAGCAACUCGUCAACAGGAGUGGUCGAAGGUUCGGCGGAUUCGGGCGACGACAACAGCCAGGCCUACAUUGGCGCAUAUGUGGGGGUGGCAGCCUUGAUUGUUUUAGUGGCAAUCGCGCUGCUGUUUGUGGCUCGUCGUCGCUAUUCUGGCGGUGCCGGUAUUUCCAACAACAAGUCGUCCUUCGAUUGGGAGGGCAUUGACGAGAGCGAUGAACGACGCCCCAAGGGAGAAACGCUGCAACGUAUUUCCUUAAACAUGGAGCCGGAAAUUAUGGAAAUGGCUGAGGUACCCAACCCUGAAUAUGCCAAUGAUGAUACGCUGGUCCACCUACAAGACGAACAGAACAGCUAUAUCAAUGCCAAUCAUGUCACGUUUGCGGAGGAGGGCCGUACCCUCUGGUAUAUUGCAGCGCAGGGGCCCUUGCCCGGAACCGUUGGUGACUUUUGGCGCAUGGUCUGGGAACAAGGCUCACAGAUCGUGGUCAUGGUGACCGGAGAAGUUGAAGGAGGCAAGGUCAAGUGUGAGCGCUAUUGGCCCACGGAGACGGGUGAAUACGAUGCCCUGGUUUUCGGAGACCUCAAGAUUAGUCUCGUCAAGAGCGUCAGCAGUGGCAACUACACCAUUCGUGGUCUGCGCGUGCGCAACAUGAGCGAAGACCUCAUGCGCACUGUCUGGCAUCUCCAGUACACGGCCUGGCCUGAUCACUCUGUGCCGAAAACUCCAUCAUCAUUGUUGGAUUUUAUUGAUGAGAUCCGUGAAAUUCGUGUCCGUCUGAUGGGAGUUGCAGUGAACAACCCACCAUGGCCCACGGUGGUUCAUUGCUCGGCCGGCGUGGGCCGCACCGGCGUGCUGAUGCUGGUGGAGAGUGAGCUAAUCCGCCUCGAGCAGGGUAUGCGACCCAACCCGCGCCAAACCCUAGUGGAACUCCGCGAGCAGCGUGCUAAGGUGGUGCAGACGGAGGAGCAAUACGAGUUCUGUCUUCGUACUUUGCUUGAGGUGGCUCGCAAGCGCCAAACAGCGGAGACAGCUGCCUAA